GAGUCCGGGACAAAAGGCAAUGACCUCUCCUGUACCAUUCAAUUGGACUGGCGCAGAUGGAGAAGUCCGAGCGUGAAUCGAUAGAAGAAGCCUCAAAGGAGAUCUGCCGCCAAUUCAAAAGCCUUAUUAACACAGAAGACGUGGAGACUCUCAAGAAUCUGCAGAUUCUGAUACUUGGGAGGCUACAAGAUAGCAAUGCAGUCUUGUCACAUUUCAAUCAGUACUCUGAGCAAUGUUUCACUGAAAUCGCCAGUGACUUCUCAAGAAACACACGGCUCCUGAAGUCCAUGAAGUCAGAUCUGGAUCAUAUUUUUCAGAAACUCAGAUCCAUGAAGGCAAAGAUCCUAAAACACUACCCUGAUGCAUUCCAAGAAGCUCCUGCAUCCAAAAUAGUGGAUGACAGACCAGACCUGGAAAUUGCUUUAUCCGGAAAAGCUACUCCGUAACGAUUGUGAAUUGCUUAAAGCACUUUUCAGCGGGACCCUUGUGACACAAGUGGUCGUGUAUAAACACAGAUAUUAGAGCAGAUUGUUGCCUAUGAGAGGAAAAAAGAGCAACUAUUGUACUCGUAGCUAGAAAUUGCAGAAGUUCCUUGAGUCGUCAUGCAUCAUUUUCAACAAGGCCAACAUAUCAAAUCCAUCACAAGUUGUAUCAGGUAAAGCAUCCUCCCGUGCCAACAUGCUCUCAACACUGUCGAGCCAGCGGUUAGCACUAUGUUUGUUGUUAUGUGAUCACUACAAUGGAAGUAAAAGAAAUUAUUGUUGCCAAUUUGUUUAACUAAAUCA